AUGGCGUCCGACGGCAGCGGCGGCUCGUGGCCGACGAGCCUGAGCACGCCGGAGACCGACGAGCUCAUCCGUCUCGGGAUGAUGGUGCCGCCGGACUGCCGUCUGCCGCACGUGUUCGACAUCACCGCCGACGGGUACACGACGAGGGGGCCCGGCGCGUCGCCGGAUGAGCUCCGCCGGCACGAGGGCGGCCGGUGGAACAUCGUCGGCCGCGCUAGGCUCGUCGUCUGGCCCGGGCGGCUCGUCGUCUGGCCCGGGCGGCUCGUCGUUUGCCCCGCGCGGCUCGUCUUCUGCCCCGCGCUGGCCCCGCCGUCCCCCUCCGGCGGCCGCGCCGUCUCCAAGCUCGUCCCGCCGUCCAGUUCCCGCCCUCGCCCGGCCCGCCUCCCCUCCCGUUGUCGAGAUCCCACCAGAGUAGUUCACACUGGCGAGGACAGCGACCUCGACGACUGCCCCGGCUACCUCAUCGCACUGCGGGCGUCACAGGCAGAAGCGGCAGCCGCGGAGGCAAGAGAGGCCACCGAGCAGCAGGCCGCACUCGACGUCGCGGCGGCUAUGGCGCCGGCAGCAGAGGCCGCCGAGCUGCAGGCCGCACUGGAUGCGGCGGCGGCCAUCGAAGCGGUGCAGCCGCAGGUGGCUCCGGAGGAGGAUGACGGCGGAGGCGGCUACUGGGACGGCGGCAGCAAGAGCAGCGACGACGGCGACGGUGACGACGAUGGUGACAUCGGUGCGGGCGAGAUCAUCGACCUCUCCGCCUCCGACGACGACGAGUAG